AUGGACAGUAUGUUUGACAAUCUUGCCAAAACUGAAUUCAUCAGCGUUUUUGUCGGAAACCCAAAGCUUCAAAAACGGGACCCCUGGCACACGCACAUUGACUAUGAAAUCUGUCUACAUACAAAUAGCAUGUGUUUUCGCAAGAAGUCUUCGACGGUGAGACGUCGUUACAGAGAAUUUGUUUGGCUGCGACGCUGCCUGGAACAAAACGCUCUAAUCAUAGAAAUCCCCAAGUUACCCCCUUGGAAUCCCUUCUUCAGUUUGAGGAACGCAGAGCAGGUCAGACAAAGGAUGAAAGGCCUGCAGGAGUUUUUAGAAAUUGUUCUUCACUCGCCGUUGUUGUUGUCAGACAGUCGACUCCAUCUUUUCCUCCAGUCCGACCUUAGCGUCAACAGGAUGCAAAGGUGCGCUGUCGGCAGGACAAGGUACACUGUAGCGGAGGCCAUCCAGCGUUUCGACAGCGGCUCCAUCGAUGCGUUAGAGGAUAAGGCUUCGUGCGACUCUGAUUGUGAGAGCUCCUCGUCAUCAGGCUUGGGUUUGAGCGUGGACUGCAGCCUUCAUGGAAGCACACUCCACAUCUUCGAUUCGCCCGACAGAGACGCGGAGUUGUGCACUUGGGCUCUGAGCCCACUUCGUCGCAUCAUCAUGAAAGUGCUGGACAGCCAAAGGAGAUUAGUGGAAAUGGCCACUACUGCCGUCAGCGUUAUCGCUGUAGUCUACGCCAGCCUCAACAAGGCCUGUGAUGAUAUAUUACAGGUGAAGAAUGACCUAGCGGCAUCCAAACCUGCCACAACCAGAAUGGUAAUGAAAAUUACUACGGAGCUGGGCAACUUGGAGAUGAGUGUUCGUCGGAAUGCAGCAAGGAAUGAAAACCGAGACGAGGAUUAA